AUGAAAAGUUUUUGUUCACUAGUGUGUUUUUCUUGUCUCUCUCGUUUUGAAAAGUGGGCAAGAGAAAUGAUUCAUACAAUGAUUCAAUGGCUGCAUACGUUUUAUAGAACUUGUUUUAGGAUUACCACGAGUGGUAUGACCACCAUAGGUGUGCAGAGUGAUAUGCUAAUUUAACUUUAAUAAACUGAUGCAGACAGGCAAAAAUAAAUGUAUGUCCAAGUUCUAAACUUUUUCCUUAGUGCUUUACAAUGAUAAUUAGCUCAAAUCAUGAAGAUGGAAUUAGUCGUUGAAUUCAAAGAACUUGUACUGCAUCUUUCUUAUAGCUAAGUGUAAAACAAAAAUACUUUACACGCAUAAAAACACACACAUUAAAAUGACCACGCUGAGCAAGAACAAGUAGUUAUAAAAUUGGUGAUAAAACAGAAGAAUUAGACAGAUAUAAGUUUACCAAUCAUAAGAAAUUCAUCAUCCAUAUAAUGUCCAACAAACUGCUUCUCCAACUUUGGGUCCAUUUUGCUUCAUUCCUUCUGCCAAGCCUUGGUUUUCCGCAGUUUCUGUAUUUAUUGCAUGACCAUUAUGGGUCCUCAUGAUUUUUUCAACAAGUAAAGGAAACAUAAUUUGAUUUUUAAAAAAAAUAUAAUUUAAUCUCAGUUUGUGAAAAUAGUAUUUUGAGUAUGCUAUCACCCUGAGACGCUGAGUGCAGAGUGACAAUCUGAUAUAAAAAUAUUUCCAAAAACCCUGAAUCCUUUAAGCUGAUUGGUCAGUAAACUGAGCAGGAAGUUGUUGAACCAGAACGUCCUCGUGCGAGGAGUCAGUUGAACCAAUCAGCUUAAACCAGGAAAAAAAAAAAAAAAGAAGAAAAAAAUCAUAUUACUCCUCUUUACAUCUUGAGUAAUAUUUUUUAUGCUGUCUGGACAACUCUGAAGACUUUUGUAGAACUUUUUUUUUUUUAAUCAGACGCUAAAUGUCAGGAAACGGGUUAGUACCGAGCAUCGGGAGGCGGCUAACGACGAGCACGCUGAGUCCGUUUGAGCAGCUCAGUCGGCAGAUGUAUGACAUCCUGGGCGAUGGAGGAAUCCUAAAAGAGGUGGUCCAGCCUGGAGAGGGCCCACCUGUGCCUCAAAACGCCUCAGUAAUAAUGUAUUACUCAGGUUACUUGGAGUAUUCUAAUCAACCUUUUGAAAGCACCACACACCUCCAGUACCCUCCAAUGAUGAAGCUGGGAAGGGAUGUGACUCUUGCCGGACUGGAGCUGGGGCUGUUGACCAUGAAGAAAGGGGAGUUCUCUCGGUUCCUGCUCCAACCGCAGUACGCGUACGGAGAAAUGGGCUGUCCGCCCUUCAUCCCGGCUGCUGCUGCGAUUCUGUAUGAGGUUCACAUCCUGGACUACCUCGACUCGGGUCAAGUGGAUGAGUUUGUUGCAAUGAGCUCGGAGGAGCAGAGCAGCGUUCCUCUGUCCUCACUUGUUGAAGUCAUUGACACACUUCGCAGCUUUGGCAACCGCUUCUUCAAUCAAAGCCGAUACAACCACGCCAAGGAUCGCUACAAACAGGCGAUAACUCUCCUGAGAAAUCGGGACUCGCAAAAUGAGCUGGACAAGGAGAAGAUCCAGGUGGCUCUGCUUCCGCUCUACCUGAACCUUUCGCUCACCGAGCUCCGACUGGCGAAUCCCCAAAAAGCCCUAAAGUAUGGCAAAAAGGCCUUGGAGAUCGACUCAGCCAACACAAAGGCCCUGUUCCGCUGUGGACAGGCUUACCACGAGCUGCAGGAGUUUGAGAGCGCUCAGGAUUGCCUCAUAACAGCUCAGUCGAAGAAGCCGUUCGACAGUGACAUCAACAACCUCCUGAGGAAAGUAGCGCUGGCUUAUAAAGAUGGUUUGGAUAAAGAAAAAGAUAUGUACUCCAAGAUGUUUAGGGAGCUGAGGAGCUCAGUGCAGUGACUGUGGUGUAAAGAUUUAACAGCUUCUUUGUUCAUGUCCUGCUCUUCCUGCUGUAAUAGUUUCUGCUCAUGUUCAUUAAUUUCUUGAUGAACAUGUUGCUUUUUGGUUGCUGUUCUUUGUAAUAUAUGCACAUGUUUUCUUUCUUGCCAAAGUCAGACGUUUGCUUUACCUUUAAUCAUUCCUGAGGUUAAUUUAAAUUAAAAAAACAA